AAGCCUUGUUGGGACUCUCUCAGGCCUCAACGCUCCAAUGGUUCACUUCUCACUCAAAUAAAAUCCAAAGGCCGAACUACGAAAUUCUUCAGGCUGAAAAGCUUUUUUUUUUUUUAACGUGAAAAGCUUGUUACAAGUUAGUGAAAAAAUAAAUGGAAGACUCUCUACGACUCCAGAGCUUCGAUCAACUCCCAUCAGCUGCACAGUUUGCCUCUCAGAUUGAAUCUCGAAAUGUUCCCGCCGUGUUCGUUGGAUGCGUUAAGGACUGGAAAGCCGUUUCCAAGUGGAAUCCUUCUAAUGGAGGCCUCGGUUAUCUGGAGGAACGGGUAGGAUCAUUCAUGGUGGAGGCUAUGUUAUCUCAAACUGCACCGGUGUUUUACGGUGAUCUUAGAAGCCAUGAGAGGGUUCCAUUACCAUUUUCCACUUUUAUUGCCUUGUGUAAAUGGCAUAGGCAAAAUGUCGGUAGUUCUUGCAGUAUUAAUUCUAAUUCACAAGGGCAUCAACUUGAAGAAUCUGACACAGAGCAAGGCUGUUCACCAUUUGUAGAUGCUGCUCCAAAACAAAUCUACCUAGCACAGAUUCCAAUUAUAAAUGCUGAGAAUGAAGAGAGAGUUCAAUUGGAAACUCUACAGGAGGACAUUCAGUUGCCUGCAAUUUUGGAGGAAAAAAAUCUUUCUUCAAUUAAUUUGUGGAUGAACAUUGCUCAAGCUAGAUCAAGUGCUCACUAUGACCCUCACCAUAAUCUUCUAUGUAUAAUCACUGGAAGAAAACAAGUUGUUUUAUGGCCCCCUUCUGCAAGUCCUAUGCUAUAUCCCAUGCCUAUAUAUGGGGAGGCCUCAAACCAUAGCUCUGUUGCUUUGGAAAACCCUGAUUUUUCAAUUCAUCCAAGAGCACAAUGUUCCAUGGAAUACUCUCAGAAGGUUACUCUUCAAGCGGGAGAUGCACUUUUCAUUCCCGAAGGCUGGUUCCACCAAGUAGAUAGCGAUGAGUUGACUAUUGCUGUUAAUUAUUGGUGGCGCUCCAGCAUAAUGUCUAGCUUGGCAGACCACAUGGAUGCAUAUUAUUUGCGCAGAAUACUUAGAAGAUUGACAGACAGAGAAAUGGAUCAAGUGCUUCUGAAGGGUUCUACUCCUACGUGGAGACUGGAGAGUAAUGUAGACCAUAGCUUGGAUCAGGCUGGGCAGAGCAAGGAUUUGAAAAGGAAAGAACAAGAACAACAUAGCCUUCUUUUGCAUGAAUUGAGACCCUGUGCUCUCCAGGCCCUUCAUGAACUGGUUGCUUUAGUUCAUGACCGUGUUAAUGCUUCUGAUCAAAAUCAACCAGUGUCGUCUGAUUCAACAAAUGGAUUGAUGUGUUCUAAGACAAAUGAGCAAGAUAAAACUUUAACAACUGAAAUAUUUCAUUUAGAAGAAGAUCCUGUAGCUAAAAAUCUUUGGAUCCUUGAACCAGGCAUCUUUAAGGAUAUUUUUGUUGCCAUGGCGCAUAACUUCCCCAGAACUUUGGAAGCUCUAGUACUGCACUUACUUUCACCAGUGGGGGCGGAAGUCCUUACACGGAAGUUUGAUGAGAUAGAUCAGCAGAACACCGAAGAAAAUCGGAACAAAUUCUACCAGAUAUUCUAUGGGGUAUUUGAUAACCAAUUUGCAGCAAUGGAUGCUAUUUUAAAUGGGAAAGAAUCAUUUGCACGCCAGGCAUUCAAAAAUGUGUUGGAUAAAUACGUAGGAGGGAACUUUGAUGUACCAAAACUGAGUGUUGGGCGAGACAUCUCAUGACGCAAUAUUCUUCUUUAGGUAAUUGGUUCCAUGGAGAUCUGAGGAUAGAAAUUGAUGCAUAUUUCAUCUCAGAAGCUUUCUAUUGCAAUCGGUGCUUCUACAUUGCGAUUGUUAAUACUGAGGGGAGGGGUGUGGAAAAGAGGGAUUUGCAGCUGAAGGUAAAACAAAAGGAAAGCAUAGAAAAGAAGGGUUUGGUAAUUAUUAGAAAAAGCGCAGAAGUAAGGUAUGCUGAGAUGAGAUUCCCUGAUGUAAUAUGACAUAUAGAAUAUAAUAUUCAAACUCCUAUUGAGAGAGAGAGAGAAGAGAGGUGAAUUAUUGCAUGUUUAGAUAUACUCAUAAACAGUGAACUACUUUGAACUAUUUUCAUUAAUCCAAAUGCUGUCUCUGUUUGAAUGUACUAGAA